GUUAACUUAGCUAAGCCUGGCGUCUUGUCGGCUGUUUGCCAGCCUGCUAGCUGCCUGUCUAGUAGUUGUCAGUCGUUUCUCUAGCGUUAGCUUACAUAGCCAGCUAAACAACUCACUCAGGCUUUUGUUGACUGUUGGAGUCUUUCAGAACCAAGCACUGCCAUUCUUGAAAAAAAUUUGUCCAGUCUGAGCUAACUUCAUUUGUCAACAAACAAACCACAGACGUAAAACGGUUCUGUUUGAGAAGACUCUCCACUGUCUUGAGUCUGUGGGGUUGGGGGUCACAACAAGAGCAGGACCAGGGGUCACGCUGGCAAGCGGAGGAUCAGGCGAGCUUGAGAUGGACAUCCACCUGUCCGUGAGCUUCCUGCGGGCGCAGCUGGGCGGGGCCAUCGAGGAGGCCGUACGCACCGCGGUGGAGACGGUCCUGUGCGAGACGGUCCGCCUGCUGGGGGGUCAGCUCGGCGAGCUCCAGGGGGCCGGGCCCGAGAAGGCCCAGGACGUCCCGAGCCUGAAGCUGCGUCUGGAGGCCAGCGGGGGCGACUGGAGGGUGCAGCCGGGCGGGGGUGGGGCCGGGGGCGGGGCCGGGAUUGGCGAGAUGGACGCGGGGCUCAGCAAGAGGACCGUCAAGGGCCCGCUGAGCCGGAAUGGCGGCGGCUCUCAGAAGCUCCUGAACAACGGCGACGUGCCCGAGCCCCCCGUGCUGGUGGAGCAGGGCGACUGCGCGGGCUUUCCCGACCCCUUCGACAUGGUCUCCGGGGGGCCCGGCGUGGAGGACUUUGAGGAGGGCCACGACAUGGGGCUGCCCACGGACUGGGAGCUGAUGAACAGGGUGUACAAAGCGGAGCACAGCGAGGGCAUAUCCCUCAUAGACGAGGGCGGGACCGCGCACUAUGCGGACGAGUACCUGCUGCACGGGCGGGACCUGCGCAUCAUCACCGUGCCGCUGGAGGAGGAGAUGUCCGAGCUGGACGCCGCCGAGCCCGAGGACCAGCUGCCCCGCUUCAGCCCCGCCGAGGUGAAGAAGGAGCUGCCCGAGGCGCAGGCCUCCUCCGCGGCCGAGGACGCCUCGGCCGUCCCCCUCUCCUACGAGCCCCCGGGCGGGGACUCGGGCGAGGCGGGCCCCCAGGUGGAGUUCGGGCCCAAGGACUACGUGGAGGAGCUGAGGCUGUGGCUGGAGCGCCUGUGCCCCGAGGUGAUCCGCGAAUACGAGCGCGACGGCUGCCUCUGCGAGCUGUCCCGCCGCAAGCUCAUCAAGUUCGCCGUGUCCUUCAUCAUGGAGGAGUUCGGAUUCUAUCCCACGUCCGCCCAGAAGACCAUGCUGGCCGAGCACAUCGUCAAGCUGUUCCCCGCCCUCCGGCUGUGCGUGCCUUCGGCUGGGAUCGACGGCAUCGAGCACCUGUAUGACCCCAUGUCGCGGACGGGCUACAUCGAGACGCGGCUGAGGAACUUCCGGCGGACGCUGGAGGCCGACAAGAAGAAGUACGUGCUGAAGCGGAGGCGGGCGGAGCUGGGCCUGGCCGAGCCCAAGGCCCGGGCGGGGCCGGGGGAGGGGCAGGGGGCGGAGGAGACGCGCAAGUGGGUGUCGCUCCUGAAGAAGACGCGCCCCCUCAGCAAGAACCUGCCCACCAUCCGCAGCGGCAUGGAGCGCACCUUCGCCGCCCGCAGGAAGUGGAUGAGCAGCAAGCGGCCCAGCGUCAACGCCGUGCUCGCCGAGUACCCGCGCUUCCUGGACGUGCCCUCCACGAUCGACCUGGAGUUCGAGAAGAUGUUCCCGGGGAAGGGGGACACCUUCCUGACGCAGUGGUCGGCGUGCGUGCUCCCCAAGGUGCGCCAGAUCGCCGAGCGGGAGAAGCACCCGGAGAUCGCGGCUCUGCUGCAGCAGGCCGCCUCUCAGCAGGAAGACGCGUGUACCCUGACCAUGCUGAAGGUGCUGAUCCACUUACUGCCUCCCACCAACACUGGCCGGGCGUCCCUUCCCACCAAGUGCAGCAUCAAACACGCUAUCCGCUACCUGGUGGAUAUCGUCCCAAUGGACACCAAGGUGUCGUCGCUGUUCUGCGACCCGGGGCCCCCGGCGGGCCCCGCCCCGAGGGACCAGGCCAAGCCCUACAUCCUGAGCAUGGGGCCCCUGGACACGCCCGGCCGGCAGCUGUACAUCCUGGCCCCCGCCGAGCGCGUGGCCCUGCCCCUGCUGGAGGGCAGCCUGGUCGCCGCCGUGGACAAGCUCUUCAAGUUCCUGCGGGUCUUCGGCCUGGGCUACCCCAUGCAGCUCGGCUCGCUCUACGGCUUCCUGGAGCACCUGUACGGUCUGGAGAAGCCCCACAGUGUCCCCGGUGGCAAGAGGUCCAAAGUGCUGGAACUGGUGUCUAGGCUGCACGCUCUUUCCUGACAGAAAGCCGCCAGCGCGACUUGACCCCGCCCCUCGUGACUUACCAGUCCUCACCCCCCCCCCACCUCUUGUCGCCUUUCUUUGCCUCUUCCUUCCGAAUCAUGUUGCUGGAGGAUGUUUUGUAACAUUGAGUGUAUUGUAGGCACUUGAGAAUAAUGACUUAAUAUAUUCUGCAAGGUUUUCUGUCAGUGUAAUGCAGUAAGCUGCAGAGUUUUCCACUGUUUGCUAGUCUAGAUAGGCCUUUAGGAUACCUUGAAGUGAAACCCUGGUUUGUUUGUUUUUCUUUUUGUUUUUUGUUUUUUAAAUAAGCCUGGUAAUUUUAACUGGUACAGAAAUGAUUGGGUUUGGUCAUUUAGUAACUGAAAGUCAGUUCUGUGAUGCUCUGGAGUGUUAGGCCUCGCCUUGGUUCAUUAUUUGAUCCUGUAUGUUAAAGUAAGAUGUCACUGAGCAGUGGUAUUACAGAUACUUCAUGUAAUGUCUCAGAGGCAUUUAUUUAUUGAACUUCUGUGGAACAGCAGGGACACUAUGCACAAAAUAGCAAAACCAAACAAUAGCACUAUAUGGAAUCCAUAUACAAACAAUGUGCGGUUUAUUUUGUUGUUUUUUUAAAGAAUCAAAAUGUGCCAAUUACAUUGAACUUGAAUGGACAUUUUAUUUUAUUUUGGUUUUAUUUGACUUAAACUUACAACGUUUUCUUACUAACGACAUUACUGACGACAUCGAGCAAAAUAUACUGCCACAUGUAUUUAUUAAUUUGGCAACGUAGCCAUGAAAACUAAAGUGUUACUGUUUAAGUACAUUAAAUUAUUAUUCUUUUUAAAUAUAACAAUCAGUAGUUAAAUAUUACUUGCAACUGUAGCCAUUACAUUUUGGUUUACUGUUUUUGGUACAGUUACAUAUUUAUUGAACUAGCAUUGUUAGUCGGUUUUGUGAAUGUCUACUCCAGUUGUUCUACCUGCAGUUUUAUAAUGCAAUAUUUUAUUUGUUUAUUAAUCAUUGGCAAAGUAUAAUACUGUUGCUGUCAACAUGUUAAACAUAAAUGAAAAAAACUGCUAAAUGCGCAUUUAGUUGUGUAGCUAUGAUAAAUUACUGUUUGUUCAAAUUAUAUUAGUCAUAUUUAGUUUUCAUUUUUGGUCAUAAGUGACUAAAUUCUGAUGGGAACCCAUGAAUACACAUUUAUAAAGUUCUGUGUAUGAACAGGUACUAGAGUUUAACUAUUGUCUAGAGGAACCUUUUGUGGAUUUGGAUUUCUAGAUAUGAAUCCCAUUGUAUUUAUCUAUGGAUGGUUUUGUUUUUAUAAAUGGAAAAAACUCAAUAAAAUGGGGACAUACUGUUCA